GUUUAUGUGCUGGUCUUUAGUCCGGUUCGGGCCUUCUUUGGUUUAUAAGUCUUCAAAGGGAGACUGUGGGUCAUUUCCGGGACCAUCAUGGCGGACGGUCCAGUCGCUGAUGUGGACGAGCCGCCCAGCAGCAUCAUCUUCCCUCCGCUCAUCACCGUCUCCCACCUGCCCGGGGCCACUAACGCAGGUCGGCACCUGAAGGAAUGGCUCCAGGAGCAGUUUUGUGACAAGCCUCUGGAGCAGGAUGACAUGCGCCUCCACAACGCCGCUUACGUGGGCGACCUGGACACCCUGAGGAACCUGCUGCAGGAGGACAGCUUCAGACGGCGUAUUAAUGAGAAGUCGGUGUGGUGCUGCGGCUGUCUGCCCUGCACCCCCCUGCGGAUCGCGGCCACUGCCGGGCACGCCGCCUGCGUGGCCUUUCUGAUCGCCCAGGGAGCCAACGUGGACCUGGUCGAUGUCAAAGGUCAGACGGCCCUCUACGUGGCGGUCGUUAACGGCCACCUGGACUGUGUUCGGAUCCUCCUGGAAGCCGGAGCUGAUCCCAACGGGAGCCGGCACCACCGCAGCACCCCAUUGUAUCACGCAGCGAGGGUGGGGAGGGUGGACAUCCUGCAGGAGCUCAUCAGGUUCAACGCUGACGUCGACAUGGACCACCAGCUGGGUCCCCGGCUCCUCCUGAGCGCUCGCACCCUGAACACCCUGGUGGUGUGUCCCCUCUACAUCAGCGCGGCGUACCACCACCUGGAAUGUUUCCGGCUGCUGCUCCGAGCCGGCGCGCAGCCGGACUUCAACUACACCGGGCCCGUCUGCCACGAGGCCCUGACCCGCGGCCUGGCCUCCUGCCUGCUGGACGCUGUGCUGCGACACGGCUGUGACGUGGCCUUCAUCCACCUGCUGCUGGAUCACGGGGCCGACACAACCCUCGUGCCCUGGGACGAGUCGGAGCUGGAGGCGCCAAACCGGAGGAAGGUGGAUCCGGAAGCGCUCAGAGUCUUCUUGGAAGCGAGGAGAAACCCUCAACGGCUGACGCACUUGUGUCGCAUCCGGAUCCGCGGAGCCAUGGGCAAACACCGCCUGAAGCACACGGCUGUGUUACCGCUACCAGAACCUAUAAAGAAUUUCCUGCUUCACCAGAACUGACUACCAUCCACACCGUGGUCUUGUAAAGUGCUCAUCCAACUGAAUCCUUGGGAGAAAAAGAAAAA